GAAAGUUCUAGUGUUCCCGCCUCGUUUACGAUGAUUGGUGCUCUGUCGGGAAUCGUUCCGAAAGUCAUUCAUGCAGCUGGCACUUAAAGCAGACUGCCGAUUUCAAGAUGCAGUUCCUAGGCCGUCUGAUGAUGGACACCCUCAGCACGGUGUCCAACCUUUUCUCUAACCCAUACCGAGUACAGGAAGUGCCCUUUUCUGACUAUAGGGGGCCUUCAAAGGUUUUGCUGAUGGAAGAUGGCAAGAUUGUACUCUAUAGAAAUCAGUCAACACAAUCAUGGGAUUGUCUGCUUCUUGUUCAUGACAGCAAGCAAAACGUCCAAAGGCUCUUCCAAGUCCCCAGUGAAGGAGAUGCACGGAAUUGGUUUGCCCAGUAUUCCACAAAGCUGCGCCCUUUCUAUGAAAGUUCUCCUUUGCCCCUCCGCACAGAGACCCUCCAACAGAUUACGGAUUGUCUACGCAACCACCCUGACUGGUCACCUGCCCACAUUGCCGUGGAGACGGGACAGAGGGAAUGUCUGAAGCACAAUCAUGUGAUGAGUCAGAUCAACAGUCGGGACAAUGAGAGUGGUUGCACCCCUCUGCAUUUGGCUUGCCAGAAGGAGGACCUCCUUUGUCUCCGUGAGCUCUUGGAGGACUGCCAGGCCAGGCUGGAUGUAGUAGAUAAGAAUGGGGAGACGCCGUUUCACUAUGCUGCUUGUCAGGACAACCGUGAGGUCAUGAAGAUCCUGUGCUCCCACACAUCCCAAGGCAUCAACCAGUUAAGCAACAAGGGGGAGACACCACUUCAUGUGGCCUGCCGCAUGGGUAAGGCAGAUACUGUCCGUGCACUGCUGAACAGUGGGGCCCUCAGCAACAUGAUGGGAGGACAUGGCUACCCCAUCCACUCCGCUAUGAAGUUCUCAUCCAAAAGCUGUGCUGAGAUGUUAUUGGAUGCUGACAGGAAGCAACUUCUCUUUGAAGAUCCCCUUUAUGGCGGAACACCUUUGCACUGGGCAAAAAACAGAGAGAUGGUCCGCUUGCUGUUGGACCGUGAUUGCCAUGUCAAUUACCUGAGUAAGACAGGAGAUACGCCACUGCAUAUCUUGGUUAAGAGGAAGCGCUUUGAUGCUGCCAUGGUGCUGCUUACUUAUGGCGCCCGACCCAAUACCAAAGGAGAGAACGGCAACACACCUCUGCAUAUUGCCAUGAAGCUUGAUGACAUAGACAUGAUUAAAGCCCUCAUCGUGUUCGGUGCCGACGUUGAGAUUCCUAAUGACUUUGGGGAGACCCCUGGUUUGAUUGCCGCUCGCUGCAGCAAAGGUACCAACAGGAAGGUGAUGCUGAACCUGCUGUAUAGUGUAGGUGCUGAACGGUGCCACCCUCCCUCCCCUGAUACCCCCCAGCGACUCCUACCUCCAGCUGCAGGCCUCCAGAGACCACCUCCACCACUAGGGUUUGACGACAUAAUCCAUGUUGCCACAGUGUUGGGUGAUCUGACCAGAGGGAUGGACCAAGUGGAUAACAAGAGGAUGGCUCAAAGGAAGUAUGACAGGUUGCUUUGUUUGGACGGAGGUGGAAUUAAAGGUCUUGUUUUAAUCCAGCUGCUUAUUGCCAUUGAGAAGGCAGCUGGUCAGCCAAUCAGAGAGCUUUUUGACUGGGUUUCUGGUACAAGCACUGGAGGCAUCUUGGCACUGGCUGUGGUUCAUGGGAAACCCAUGGAAUACCUUCGAUGCCUCUAUUUUCGAAUGAAGGAUGAAGUGUUUAAAGGGUCUCGCCCGUAUGAGUCAGCACCACUAGAAGAGUUUCUGAAAAAGGAAUUUGGUGAGACCACAAAGAUGACAGAUGUUCGACACCCUAAAGUGAUGGUGACAGGAACCCUGGCUGACAGACAUCCUGGAGAGCUCCACCUUUUCAGGAAUUACGAUGCUCCUUUGACUGGCCUGGAUCCCCCGUACAAGAGAAGUGCCCAUUUCCAGCCUCUCACUGAGCCCACUGAACAGCUUGUGUGGCGGGCUGCUCGCUCCAGUGGGGCUGCACCUACCUACUUUAGACCAAUGGGUCGGUUUUUGGAUGGUGGUUUGCUGGCUAAUAAUCCAACGCUUGAUGCACUCACAGAGGUCCAUGAGUACAACAAAGCUCUGAAGCAGAGGGGCAUGGGGGCUGAGGUGGUGCAGCUUGGAGUGGUAGUGUCCCUUGGCACGGGGAAGCCACCACAAGUGGCUGUUAACUCUGUGGAUGUGUUUCGUCCUUCAAAUCCUCUGGAGCUUGCUAAAACAUUUGUGGGAGCUAAGGAGCUGGGUCGCAUGCUGGUAGACUGCUGCACAGACUCGGAUGGGAGAGCAGUUGAUCGUGCAAGAGCUUGGUGUGAGAUGACUGACAUCACGUACUAUAGGCUGAGUCCCCAGUUCUCCAUGGAGGUAACGUUGGAUGAGACUCAGGAUGCCGUCCUGGUUCACAUGCUCUGGGAGACGCAGAUCUACAUCUAUGAGCAGAGAGAGCAAAUUCAGAAACUGGCUCAGUGGCUUCUGGAAGCCUAACUAUGGACAAAUGAGUGACGAUGGAGAGACUGCUGCCAGUCUCAAACGGGUUAUUCCUAUUGAAUGUAGGUUUUUGACAGCAUCUAGCAAAACAGAAAAGACAAGUGAUGUUCCUAGAAAGAACAAACUGACAGAUCCAAGGCAUGGGUGUCUGAACAUAGCCUUCUGCUUUUCAGUUAAAUGUAACAGCACCUGUUCAAACUCAUGAGGUGGGCUUUUUCUAUAGCUUCUUUAUUAGUCUUCCACUAAUUACUAAGAAGAUUACUAACGGCUGUAUGUGCUCAUACAUAUGUAUUAGUGCAUAUAAUAUUGAAUUUAAUGCCGUUGAUAAAAACUGAACAUUUUUCUUGGCAGAUAUCCCCACAUGUGGGUUUUCAGCAGGUUGAUCAAUUUAUAAUGGUAGUUAAAACCAAAGGACCCAUCUUUUAUGUAUAUUUUUCUAUAUGGACUGCCUAGCUGUUGAUCCUGAAUAGGUUUCUUUGAUAUUGAUUAUGCUGAACAAAGCAUAUUUAUUUGAUGAGGUAUUAACUUUCAAACUUGAAAUUGUAUUUAAUAUUAAUGUAUGUGGAAAAUAUUAUGGAAUGAAGAUAAAAUACUUGGCUAUUUUGGAAAAGCUUGCACAGUCCACAUGCAGUUAAGACCAUUAAGUACUGACUCCAGAAAGUUGUACUGCUGCUCUGUUGCAAACUGACUUCGUUUAUUCCGGCUGUAAAAUUACAAGUGACCUCUUCUCAGUAGUAUUUUUUAGUUUGAACACUAGAGGGUGUUGCCUCCUACUGCUUUACAAAAAAAAAUAAUAA